GGCUGCUUGACUAACGGACGCUGGAAUACUACGUGCUCGAGUGCGAUGUGCCUACGAAAGGGCGGAAAAUGUUUCGCAAUCUACGUUACGUCCAGCAGAGAAGUUUACAUACUAGCUUGUACAUUGCUGGCGUACCCAUAUGUGCAGUGUGUAGUAUGUGCUAUCAUCCGUACGUGGAACAGGAGUAAUACGAGAGAACGAGUAGCAGCACGCGCCUACCUAACCUAUUAAAGCCACUGCCACAUACUAAUUGGAUACCUAGGAGAAUAUUGCCAUAGCUGAGCUGUCUAGUGUUGUUUAUAGCAGUGGCACGUGAACCUUAUGGAAGCGUUCGACGAAGACAAGGACAUGGUGAGUCUAAGAGGUUAGGAAAAUCCCCAUAUACCUGGUGUCGUUAGAGUGAAUUUUAUUUUUAGAAAAUUAAAAUCUUGACAUUUUUUAAAAUAUCUUUUAUACGUUGCUCCCCCCGUUGCACUUUCUGUCUCUUCGCGUCUGCCACGUUACGCUACGUUGACGUAGCUUCCGACGAGGACAGAUUUAAUUGUCAGACAGUGCAGCCAACUGUCCUGCUAAUUACCGUAAAAACAAGAAAAUUCUGCCAGCUUCUCUUUUGGCCAGGAUAUUCCAACGGGUUUCCGGACGAUCCUUUUUCAAGUGGAGGAUGAGGACUCGAUCUUGCAAGUGGAAAAACGGGAAAUAAUAAGGAAGCAAGGGGAGCGACAGAGAGAGAAGAUAAUUCUGCCAGGCAGGGACGACUGCAGGCUUUAUAGUCACCACAGCCGAAAGUCUUGAGACGAUACUUAUCACCCAAUCGAACGGGAUUCUUUAGUUUGCAGGUGGAUUUUAUUCCCCUGACGUCACACAGUACAGUCCUUUAAGGACAAUGGAUCCUUUAAGGACCUGGGCGCAUUAUCCGCCAAUAAGAAUUUUCCCUGUUACCUCUCCAGGAUUGAAAUCGAAGUCGCUGACUGAUGGUCGAUUGGAGACAGUCUGGCUUUCGUAAUUGUCGCAAUUAACGACACGCCACAUCUUCGACUUGGGUGCAUCUGCGUAUGGCAAGUAGUAACUACCUGUCGACGUAAUAUCCGGCUGAUCCUUAGCACGUCGUAGAACUAAUGAGCUGUUUACACUUGUUUUUUGAGGUAGAUCCCCAAUGCUCACGAGCAACGACCUGCGCGACUCGCCGAUCAGGUUUUUACUUUUUAGUCGCUUCAUGCCGGUCGCCUUAAGACACGCUCAGAGUUGUACAAGUGGCGAGAGCCUGUAAAAACGUAUCUGUCUAUAUCAGGGAUGGCGCAGGGAGCCUGAACCAAAAAAAAAAGAUGUACCCCCGAACCAUCGAGCCUAACAAAGUGAGUUUGCAGCCGGUGGAUGAAAAGAGAAAAAUAAAAAGAAAUAACGGCUGAACAGGAUAAACCGAAGGAUAUAAGAUGCAGAAGAAGGAGACUCAGGAAUGACAAAAGUAAAGGGCGAAACAGUUGGCACGGAUCCCACUGGGAUGCUGCGUACCGCAAGGGAGCAGGGCACGAAGGCUACUGCAGGGACUGACGCUCAUUUCGCGGGUAAAUCGAGAAAUCCAAAUUCACCGGCGGCCAAAAGGGAAAUUUCAAGAAAAAGAAAAUACAGCAAUGCCGACGACCGUCGCGCUAUUAGAUUCCCUGAUUGGCGCGCGGAUCUGCACGUGCGUGUUUCAGAGUGUCCUCGUCGUGUCUUUUUUCUCUGUUCCCUCAUCAAUGGCACCCUUCGACCAUUCUUCUCGAAGAAAAGAGCCACCGUAAACGAAAUCCAUAGGUCGAUGUGAGAAAUUGAAGCUAAGGACAGGAAAACUCAAUCGUUGCUGAUAUAAUUGAUCCUCGAGGAAACUCUGUGAAAUCCACGAAGACUGUUUCGCCUUUCGAACGUUUCAAUUCAACGUUUCUUAUAUAGUUCAUGGCUGCGUCGUGUCACGAGUGUCUAACCUCUGCGUAUACGGAAGAUGAGAAUUGGCGAGUGCGAAAAAUCGACUGGCAGCUACGGCACGCGAGGACCUCGUCGAUCCUCUUAUACGCCGCGUGCGAUGCACUGAGAGGAAGGACUGUCCGAAGCGGAAGUCGAAGGAGCGGAAGUCGCCUUUUUAGCUGGGAUUUAAAAGUCAAACGAGGACAUGUAUAAGAUCUUGAGACGCGGCACGGGCCGCAUGUUCGUUCUGAGUCUGGUGGUUUUGUCCCUGUUGCUCUGUUUGUAUUACGUGAAUCAGGCGCAGGCGCCGUCGCCGGUAACUGCCGGACUCAUUAACGACGGGUUGAGACAAUUUGAAAAGGGACUGACUUCCGCCCUGUCGGACUACAGUGAAGCGCCGGAUGUUCAAGUCUCCAGCGCGACCUGCCCGGCGACGACUCUCAGAAAAACGGAUAUCGACGCGCAGGAGGAAUUCAAGAAUUUCGAUUUUCAGCCAUCUUGGAUGCGCACUAGAGAAUACUGGGACGACAGCUUCGAGUCGAGAUACGCUGAACUCAGUAAGGAUCCCACGAGGCCGUCGCUCAAGGUUAUUCUCGUACCGCACAGUCACACUGAUCCGGGAUGGCUUAAGACCUUCGAGCAAUACUUCCACAGCUCCACCAGGGGUAUUCUGAACAACAUGGUCACGAAGCUCCAGCAGUUGCCGAACAUGACCUUCAUCUGGAGCGAAGUCUCGUUCUUAUCACUCUGGUGGGAGAGCGCCCACCCGACGAAGAAGGCGGUCGUCAAGAGGCUCGUCAAGGAGGGUCGUCUCGAAAUGACUACGGGAGGCUGGGUAAUGACGGAUGAAGCCACUUCGCAUAUAUACGCCAUGCUGGACCAGCUGAUCGAAGGUCACCAGUGGCUCAAGACUAAUUUGGACGUUACGCCUGAAUCCGGCUGGGCCGUGGAUCCCUUUGGGCACGGGGGAACCAUUCCGUAUUUUCUAAAGGCUUCCGGCGCUUCCGGUACAGUCAUCCAGCGCAUUCAUUACGCCUGGAAGCAGUGGUUUGCCAAAAAGAGAUACGGCGAUUUCGUCUGGCGUCAGCCCUGGGAUCAGAGUGGGUCGGGUGAUAUGCUAACGCACAAUCAACCCUUUGAUAUCUAUAAUAUCAAACAUUCGUGCGGUCCGCAUCCCCACGUCUGCUUGAACUUCGACUUCAGGAAGAUACGCGGCGAGUACACGGAGUACUCCGUCAAGGCGAUGGAUAUAACUGAGCACAACGUUAAGCAGCAGGCUGAACUCCUCCUGCAACAGUACUCGAGAACUGGUUCGCUCUUUCCUCACAACGUGGUGCUGAUGCCUCUCGGGGAUGACUUCAGAUACGAUCACGCCAUUGAGUGGGAUCAGCAGUACACGAACUACAAGAUCCUCUUGGACUACAUAAACAGCAGGAAGGAGGAGUACAAUGCUGAGGUUGCAUUUGGUACGCCGAAGGAUUAUUUUCGUGAGGUAGAAAAACGCGUAGAGAAGUUUCCCACGCUGAAGGGCGACUUCUUCGUCUAUUCCGACAUCUUCAGCGAGGGCAGACCGGCCUACUGGAGUGGAUACUUCACCACCAGGCCGUACAUGAAGAUCCUGGACAGGGAGCUCGAGGCCAAUCUCAGAUCAGCUGAAAUUCUUUACAGCAUAGCGUUAAACGUCGCUAAGCAGUCCAACAUGGAUAUUAAAUUAUACGAGACGUACUUUGAGAAGCUGGUAAAGGCCAGGAGGAACCUGGGUCUGUUUCAGCAUCACGACGCAAUCACGGGAACCUCGAAGGCCUUCGUCAUGAAGGAUUACGCUUUGAAGCUUUUCGAAUCCAUUUCCGACAUGACGAGUCUUCAGAGCUUUGCCAUUCAGUCCUUGGCAGCUACCACAGCCAAGUCGAAUUCGGUCUACGUUCUUCCAGAGUCCGACAGGGACAGCUACGAGAAGCUCCCGAAAAAAAUUCCGAUAUCUGUCAGCCCGCAGGAGACUAAGAAGAUCGUCCUCUUCAAUCCACUUGCUCAGCCUCGCCAGGAAGUAAUAUCCCUGAAGGUGACCACGUACAAGAUCCGGGUACUGGAUCCGCAGAAGAGUCCCAUACCCUAUCAGAUAAUUCCGGUUAUGAACGCCACCAGCAUCACCCACGAGGUCUACGUGAUCCUCUUCAUCGCUGAGCUUAAGCCCCUCUCGAUAGCCACUUACCAUCUUCAGUACGUUGAGAAGGUGCCGAGCGAGGCCAUUUCCACGGUUUACUGCAGCAGAUGUGGCAAGGACACCCUCUUCCCGAUAAAGCCAAUGCAGAUCGGCGACGUGCAGCUGGAGAGCCACAGGAUGAAGCUCCUCUUCGACGGCCAGACGGGGUUUCUGAAGAGAGUGACGAAGAAGUCAUCAGGAAAGAUCAUGCAGUGCGCUAUACAGUUCGCGGCCUACCCCUCGGCACAGUUUCACAGUGGAGCAUACCUCUUCAUGCCGGAUCCCAAUCUGCGUGACAACGACAAGGACGUCCUUGAGGUCUACACGCCCCACCAGAAGAUCUACAUCAUCUCCGGGCCACUCAGCUCCAGGCUGACUGUCGAGUAUGGUCGCUUGCUUACGCACCACGUGGCCAUCUAUCACGCCGAAGGUGGCCUUGCCGAAGCCAUCUACCUCAGGAACAUCGUGGACUUUGAGACCCCGCCGAAGAACCGCGAGACCGAGAUGUUCAUGAGGGUCCAAACGGACAUCCUCAACGGGGAACCCCCGGAAUUCUAUACCGACCUGAACGGACAUCAGAUGAUCAAGCGGACCAAGAUCGAGAGGAUUGGCAUAGAGGGUAAUUACUUUCCCAUAACAACGAUGGCCUACAUCGAGGAUCCGAAUCAGAGGUUGACCCUGAUGGUGAACCACGGCCAGGGUGCUGCCAGUUAUCAGCCAGGCUGGCUGGAGGUGAUGCUGGACAGAAGAACCUUGUACGAUGACUCCAGAGGGAUGGGCGAGGGCCUCCUGGACAAUCGUAAAACGGUCAUGAAGCACUGGCUCCUCCUGGAGGACGUUGGCUCCAUCCGGGACCAAUACUCAAAACCAUCCCUGUUCGCUAAUCAUUUGAGCAACGCAUUAAACUAUCCAGUUAACAUAUUCGUAGUUGACGGCACGGAGUCCGAAGUGAAGUUGUCACCGGAAGUUCGGUUACUUACUCAGAGCUUCCCCUGCGACCUUCACCUUCUCAAUCUCAGGACCAAUCACGAUCAGAAGCUUCCUCAGUUGCCUGUCAAUAGCGCCCUGAUGGUCUUGCACAGGCAAGGCUACAGCUGCGCUGUAGGUGCUGACACUGUCCUGAAGCAUUGUCCGAUCAGUGAUCACAUAGUCCAGGGUACGUCGUUCUUCAGACUCAGCCCGAACGUCACGAAGAUGUCCUUGACGGGAACCAGGAGUCAGAAGCAGCUCAAGGACGGUCUUCAGGACGUCAGUCUUCUGCCAAUGGAAGUUCAAACUUACAGCGUCAACUUUGUGCAGUGAUUAGGACACGAUCAGUCUCAAGACGCUUGAAACGAUGACGGAGUCCGGCUGUCACGUAUCGGCGGUUCGAUUAACGAUCGAACCAUUCCCUCUGCUUUAGGAAAUUGAUUUUAAUCAAACUCGAAUGUCCACGAACUCUGCUGAGAUUCUUGCCGUGUUGCGCCAAUGGUCUCGGGGGUCGACUUACGCAGGUAAAUUCCUCCCCCCCCCCCCCCC